AAUGUCAUCGACUGAAUUCUAUACACCUUCGGCCACGAAGGCUGAGGCCGACGCCGAAGUCAGGGCUCAAACCUCGGAAGAUACGCUCAGCGAGCAGGUCGUGCUCUUGGGAAAGAAGAGCCCAGGUGUCGCGCGUAUCGAAGCAAUCAAUGCUCACCUCACUUCGUUCGAUCGCUGGUUCCUUGGAAUUGGUGUCUUCUUGAUCGCCUACGCCUAUGGGCUCGAUGGAACCGUCAGAUACACUUAUCAGAGUACUGCCCUUUCCUCGAUCGGUGAGCACUCAUUGCUCUCGACUGUCAACAUUGUACGCACCGUCAUCGCUGCUGCCGCUCAGCCCACCGCUGCAAAGAUUGCCGAUGUCUUUGGUCGUGUUGAGCUUGUCUACCUCUCCAUCUUCUUCUACCUCUUGGGCACGAUAAUCGAGGCUGCCGCCCACAACGUCAGUGCUUUCGCAGCUGGAGCCAUCUUUUACCAGAUUGGUUACACAAUUGUCACACUGUUGGUCGAAAUUAUCGUUGGAGACAUCUCUUCGCUAAAAGGAAGACUGGCCUGGAGUUAUAUUCCCGCCCUGCCCUUCCUGAUCAACACUUGGAUCUCAGGAGAUGUCGCAUCCGCUGUAUUGAAAGCCACAACUUGGCGUUGGGGAAUCGGCAUGUGGGCCAUCAUCUACCCCGUCUGCGCCAUGCCUCUCAUCGUCGCUCUUUUCAUUGCAUCCAGUCGUGCAAAGAAGGCUGGUGCUCUGGCCAACUACCAGACCGCUUUCCAGCGCAACGGUAUGAGCAAUACUCUCGUUGCUCUCUUCUGGCAGUUGGAUGUCCCUGGUAUCAUCCUCAUGAUCGCCAUGUUCGCACUCAUCCUUGUACCUUUCACCAUCGCUGGUGGUGUAAAGGAAACUUGGGGCACAGCUCACGUCAUUGCUCCCCUGGUCAUCGGUAUCUGCCUCAUCCCCGUCUUCAUCUUGUAUGAGCGCCGCGCUCCCCAUCCCCUUGUACCAUUCCAUCUCCUGAAGGAUCGCAGUGUUUGGGCUGCCCUCGGUGUCGCAUGUAUGCUCAACACCAUCUGGUACAUGCAAGGUGGCUACCUUUACACAGUCGUUGUUGUCGCUUUCGACCAAAGCAUCAAGUCUGCUACUCGCAUCACUUCGCUCUACAGCUUCGUAUCGGUCCUGACUGGUGUGUCUCUUGGUCUCCUUGUUCGCUUUGUCAAGCAGAUCAGACAUUUGAAGCCUUUCAUCGUCUUUGGAACUUUGAUGUUCAUGGUUGCGUUCGGCAUUCUACUCCGUUUCAGAGGUGGUUUGACCCAAAGCUCUUACGCCGGUAUCAUCGCAGGCGAGGUCGUUCUGGGUUUUGCUGGCGGUCUCUUCCCUUACCCGGUCCAGACCCUUAUUCAGGCGGCCACUCAGCACGAACAUCUUGCUCUGGUCACCGGCUUGUACCUCGCACUCUACAACAUCGGAUCUGCUAUUGGCUCAACCAUUUCCGGAGCCCUGUGGACCCAGAUCCUUCCUGGAGAGCUCGAGCGUAACCUGGCCGCUGUGACCAACAACGCUACCGUUGCCGUUUACGCUUACAGCAACCCUCUGUUCUUUAUCUAUGACUACCCUGUUGGCACCCCUGAGCGCGACGCCGUUAUCGUGAGUUACAGACACAUCCAACGUAUGCUGUGCAUCACUGGUAUCUGCCUUUGCAUUCCAUUGAUUGCUUUCUCGCUAUGUUUGCGCAACCCUCGUCUUGGCAAGGAACAAUCUCUGCCAGAUGCCGAAAAGACCAUUUCCGAGACCUCCAGCGAGACCGGCGUCGAAGAGGCCCCUAGGAAAACUAGCUUCCUCCGCAAGCUCUUU